AUGGCACCAGAAGUCACUGCUGAACACACUUAUGUUGGCUCACAUCCCUGUUAUGAAAUACAUAAUGUUUCUUAUACGAAGACAAGCACACCUUCCACAGUUUGUGUUUUAUUGUCUGUUUUCCUCGGCUCAUUGUCUGUUGUCACAAUAUGUGGAAACCUUCUUGUAAUAAUCUCCAUCAUUUACUUCAAACAGCUCCACACUCCUACAAACUCUCUCAUCCUUUCCUUGGCAGUCGCUGACCUGCUUGUUGGGGUUGUAGUUUUUCCUUUCAACAUGGAAUUCUCUCUAAGUUCAUGUGUUUUCUCUGAAAAUGUGUUUUACAGAUAUUAUGCAGUGUGUCACCCUCUGACAUAUAGAACGAAGAUAAAUGUUCAUGUUGUUGUCAUCAUGAUCGUGGUGAGCUGGAGUGUUUCUCUUUUAGUUGCAAUUGGCCUCGUAAUGGCAGGAUUAGACCAAGCUAAAUGUCAAGAAAAGUGUUUUAUUGAUGUUCUGCUUGCAAACAUUUUGGGACCUAUUUUCUCAUUUUACCUCCCAGUGAUUUUAAUGCUGUGUAUCUACCUGAAGAUUUUCCUAGUUGCACAGAGACAGGUACGCAGCAUCCAGGGAACAAAGUCUGGAGCCACUGCCAGUAAAUUGGAGAGAAAAGCCACUAAAACUCUGGCAACUGUUAUGGGAGUGUUUCUAAUGUGCUGGUCUCCUUUCUUUCUCUGUAUUUCCUUUCAGCUUUUGAAUCAUGUGUCAGUUUCUGUUGCUGUGAUUGAAAGUCUUGGCUGGCUUGCACUCUCAAACUCAAUGCUCAACCCAUUUAUUUAUGCUUUCUUUUACAGCUGGUUCAGAUCAGCUUUCAGAUUGAUCAUAUCUAGAAAAAUAUUUCAAGGUGAUUUUUCCAACUCAAAGCUGCAUUGA